GCUUUGUCUUGUUCGUAAUUUCAGUUUCCCUCAGAAAUCAUAAUAUGCUAUAUUAUGAACUUCUAGGGGUUAACUUCUGCACUAAAAUGAAAGAACGAUGACUAGUGGAGAGAAUGAAGGAUACAUGUAUGUGUGUAUUGAAUGCAAUCAUCCUGCAAAGGAGCUGUAUAAAGACUACAAUGGAGGAGUCAUAAGAAUAGCUCAUUGCACCGGCUGCAAUACAGUGGUUGAUAAAUACAUUGAACAGGAUCCUGUGCUGAUAUUCUUAGAUGCCCUCUUGCAUAAACCACAGGCUUAUAGACAUCUAUUGAUAAACCAACAUCUACAUUCUCAUGGAAAACUCCUAUUUAUAUUUCUUAUUUGUGAUGCCUUUACCCAAUGGGCUCAGAAUCAACCACAAGGUGUGGACACGUCUUCCCAAAGUGACUUCAUUUUCUAUGCCGCAUUGGAACUCAAUUUCUACAAGAUGUUCAUAACUGUACUUAUAGAGUUUAUUGUGUUUAUUUGUGGAGUUACUCUGACAUUACAGCUCAGUAAAGCAUUGAAUCUCCAGAAUUUUAAUGUCAGAUUUAAAUACCUCAUACAUGGUUUGAUUGUAUCAAACUUUGGAAAAUUACUUGUGGUUCCAGCAGUAAUCUGGGGCCAGAGUAACAGUGCCCUCUAUAUGUGGCUCACAAGACUAUUCACAUUUACGUCAAACAUGCAGGCAAUUAAAGUAAUGUUGGGAUGUAGCCAUAUUUGGGCAUUCGUUGUUAUCCUCAAUGGUUGUAUAGGCUCUCUCGCAGUCAACUACUGGAUGAGGACUAUACUUUGGGAUAUUUUAUGACACUGGAUCUCAGGUCUUCAAGUAAUUAGCAUAACAAUGCGUCUAAUAGUGGACAUUUGUGGUUAUACAACUGCAUGGGUUUACAAGUACGCUCACUCAUGGUCCAGGGAUAUGCAUUCCCCUGACAUGCCCGAUAAGUGGACUAAAAUUUGGGAUACUAUUUAUUCCAACAAGGAUCAGACAUUCGAGUGCUGGUCUGUUUAAGGGAGAAAAAGCCGAACUCUAGUUUCUGUUGUACUGAAUGCAGGAAAAGAGAUUUUUUCAAUGAAAUCAUUCCAGAUAUAUGGCUG